GUCGUCCCUUCGUCUACCACUUCCGUCAAGUCUAUAAUAACCCACUCUCCUUCCCCAGUAUACUGUCACUCACUCUCUUAUCUUAUUCUCUCUCUCUCUCUCUCUCUCUCUCUCUCUCUCUCUCUCUCUCUCUCUCUCUCUCUCUCUCCCCAUGGCUGAAGCAGGUGGAGAAAAGCAAGAGGUUGAGAGGAAAAGAUCAGUGGCAGUAUUGAAGAAUUCGAUGGUUCUGAUAGUGUUACUGAGGCUGCUUGCAUUUUUGGCCACCGCAACCGCAACAGUUGUGAUGGCUCUCAAUAAAGAAACCAAAACCUUCGUGGUGGCCACUGUAGGAAAUUCCCCUAUAACAGCCACUAUCACCGCCAAGUUUCAAGACACCCCAGCAAAUGUGUAUUUUGUGAUAGCAAAUGGUAUGGCCAGUUUCCAUAACUUGUUGAUGUUAGGGGUGCACUUUUACGGGUACAAGCUAGAUUAUAGAGGAAUUCGUUUCGUGGCGAUUGCCAUUUUAGACAUGACGACAGUGGCAUUGAUAUCGGGCGGGACAAGUGCGGCAGCCUUCAUGGCAGAGGUGGGGAAGAAUGGGAAUUCACACGCAAGGUGGGACAAGAUCUGCGACAAAUUCGAAAGCUUCUGCAACCGCGCCAGCGGCGCCCUGCUCGCCUCCUUCAUCGGGACUGCUCUGUUGAUUACAAUCACCGUCAUUUCCAUCAUCACGGUGCAUAAGCAAAAGUCCUCCUCAGUCAAUUACCUUGCCGUCCCUUGAUCCCUCUCGUGUGUGCGCCGCCUUCAUAACAUAAUGUGUAUUCUCUCAAGUUUAUGUGUGGAUUUGCAUUAAUGCGAUUGAACGUUGACUGUUGAGAAAGGGUUUGGCUUGUGUUUUCUUCAGCUUGUAAGGCGCAGCGAGAAGUUUUAUUCAUCGCGGGUUAAGACUCCAUUCACUAUACCGAUGGAGUUGGUUAUUACUGAUAAAAAGAUUUUCGAUCCUCACGAUGAUUUGUUGACAGAAAA